AUCAUUCCUCUCAUCUCGCUUCCAAAAAAAAUAAAUGGUCGGUCCAAUAUCCAAUCUAGGAACCCUCCAUUCCCCUCGGAUCUUCUCAACCAAAGCGCCAUCUCCCUCUGCUUCCAUCACCAUGAAGCUCAAAACCCUAAUCCAGAACCUCAUCUUCUCGCGCGCCUGCCGCAUCGCCCGAGCCCUCUCGAAGGCCAAGUCUUUCCUCGCCGACGUCGUCAAGAAGGGGCCGCCCGUCUACUUCGUUUACUUCGCCAAGAACAGGCGGAAGAGCAAGAUGUACAUCGGGUCGUUCCGGAUGUACUACAACUGGUGCUCCUCGCGCUCGUUCUCCGCCGCCCCGGCCUCGGUCCUGGACGGGUUCCGGACGAACCACCUGUACUACGACUCGACGUGGAACUGUGCGAUCCCCACGUCGGAGGCGCCGGCUGCCGAGUGCGAGGACGAGGGGGAGUCGCAGCUGUCCGGCUAUCUCCAGUGGCUGGAAGAGAAGAGCAAGGCCAAAGCAAGCGGCGGCCUCGCCGAGCCGAACGGCACCCACGAGAUCGACGAGCUCGCCGACGUGUUCAUCGCCAAGUGCCGCGAGAAGUUCAUCCUGGAGAAGCAAGAGUCGGACAGGAGGUUCCAAGAAAUGCUAGCGAGAGGCAUUUGAAAUUUCAAUGGGUCUUCUUAGUUUUUGGUAGCUGGUGAUGUUAAUCGGUUUGACUUACUUCUAACUCGCUUGUGGGUUAAACUUGUUGGGCGCAAGAUGGGUAUAAUUCAAGCUUAUGAACGGCUAAAUUAGUCACGUGCUUGCUACUUCA